GUCCACACUUAAAACUUCCGACUCCCCCGUUUUUGCACAAAACAAAAUUAACCAUGUUGCAGCUUUAUAGAGUAUCCAAAAUUUUGCGGCUGUGCCACGCAAUUGAGGCAACGUCGGCAAUGCGUAUGAUGUCGAAGAAAUCAGAUGGAUGCCCCUCAGACGAAAAGAAGAAAAGUGAAGACAAGUGCAAAAAGAAGGGGGACGAGGAUAAGGCAGCCAAAAAAAAAUCCUGUUCGAAAAUAGGAGUCGAGGAAACGGCAGGAAAAAAGAAAACAGAUACAUGUGCAAAGAAAAAAGAUGCGUGUCCAAAGAAAAAAGACGCCUGCCCAAAGAAAAAAGACGCCUGCCCAAAAAAAAAGGACUCCUGUGCCAAGAAGAAAGAUUCCUGUGGUAAAAAAGGAGAUGAAAAAAAGGAGCCUAAGAAAAAAGCGUGUCCGAAAAAAGGAGAUGAGAAAGCAAAAAAAGAAGCGCCAAAGCAAGAGCCUAAGAAGGAUGUCUGUGCGGAACUUAAAAAGAAAGAGAAACCUAACGAUAUAAGCGGUGGAGUCAAGUGCAUGGUCAAGAAGCCCACGCCUUGUCCGCCUGCAGGUGGCAAACCCAAACAGCUCAGUUGCGAGGAACUCAUUCUAAAGCGCGAAGGUCAGCUCAAGUCGGAAGACGGCGGUGAUCUGACGAAAAUACGUGGCGGUGGGCCCCGAUGCCCUUGCCCACCAAAGAAGAAAGAACCAAAUGAUAGCAAAUUGACGGAUCGCUGGCGCAAAAUUUCGAUGUUUGGCGCUCUUCCAUUAAUAGCGCUGCUCACCAUCUUUGUGUUCACCACCCGGGAGGAACCUGAGCGACUAGAAUUCCACAACUACCCGCAUUUGUACAAGCGUGAAAAACCCUACUGGUUCUAUGACGGUAAUCGGACGCUCUUCCAUAACAAGGAAUACAAUCCACUGCCUCCUGGUGGCUAUGAGGAUGAAGUUGAUGAGGAAUCUAUGGGCAAGGAGGCUGAAACCGAAGAGGGUAAGAAGCAGCGUCUUAAGGAGUUCCAGGCUCUCCUCAAGGAGUGGAAGAAAAUGUCGUCAAAGCGUGAAGCUGAAAACAAAAAGAAACAGGCCGCCGAGGAGAAGGAGGCUAAGAGACAGCAAGCGGAGGCCGAAAAAGAAGCUAAAAAGCAACAGGCUGAGGCUGAAAAAGAAGCCAAGAAACAGGCAGCAGAGGAAGCCAAACGGCAAGAAGAGGCCGAUAAAGAAGCCGAAAAGAAUAUGACGCCUGAGGAGCGAGAAGCAUUUAGGGCUGAAAAGAAAAUGAAACAGGCUGAAGAAAAAGAGAGAAAGCGUCAAGAAGCCGAAGCCGAAAAAGUUCGCCAAAAAGAGGAAGCUGAUGCCGAAAAGGAACGCAAAAAGCAGGAAGCUGAGGCCAAAAAACAGGAAGCUGAGGCUGAGAAGGAGCGGAAGAAACAGGAAGCUGAAGCUGAGAAAGAACGAAAACGUAUAGAAGCUGAAGCAAAGAAAGCACAAAGUGCUGCGAAAAAAGUUGAACAUCAACCCCAAGCCAUUACUGCAGAGGAUUAAUAAUUCUAAACAAUAACUUCUCAUGUCUCUUCCUUAACCAUUUCAAAAAAACUGCUUGUUUCAAAUUAAAAAGUUUCCCACCAA